ACCACUUUAACGGCUAAGACAACAACAGCAGUUGCCCAAUUAAAAUCCAGGAAAAAGCAAAAAUUUAUUCCUCGUCCUGGUUGUCGGAUUUCUGCAUGCUUACCGGUGGUCGGAUGAAACUCAGUCAAACCAACUCUUCUUGAUCAAUGGCUACGCUUACACGUGUCCCAUUGGUCUUCUCCUGCACGGUUCCAGCUCCUUCAUCAAAGGCUUUUGGUCACUGUCAUAAAUGUAAUUGCGUGGCAUCAUCAAUACCUUUAACAAGAAAAGUUCCAGAUUGUUCUACUCUCUCUUUGCUUAGUUUUAACUCCUUUUCAACUUCAUCUUCGUCUCUCUCGACAAGAAACAAAAAGGGUUUUAGGAGAAAAACAGUGAUAUUAGCUUCCAUGGCGGAUUUGAGCUCUGUGCUUGUCACUGGAGCUGGUGGCAGAACAGGUCAGAUAGUUUAUAAGAAAUUGAAAGAGAGGUCAGACCAGUUUGUUGCAAGAGGAUUGGUUAGAACUCCAGAAAGCAAGGAGAAAAUUGGUGGAGCAGAUGACGUUUUUGUUGGGGAUAUAAGGGAUCCCAGCACUCUAGUUCCUGCUAUGCAAGGAGUUGAUGCUCUCAUAAUUCUUACUAGUGCUGUCCCAAGAAUGAAACCUGGAUUUGAUCCAACCAAAGGAGGAAGACCUGAGUUCUAUUUUGAAGAUGGAGCAUACCCUGAGCAAGUUGACUGGUGUGGUCAGAAAAAUCAAAUAGAUGUCGCUAAGGAGGCUGGAGUGAAGCAUAUUGUGUUGGUUGGGUCCAUGGGUGGAACAAACCUUAAUCAUCCCCUGAACAGUUUUGGCAAUGGGAACAUUCUGGUCUGGAAGAGAAAGGCUGAGCAGUAUUUGGCUGACUCUGGUGUUCCAUACACAAUUAUCAGGGCUGGAGGGCUGCAGGAUAGAGAUGGUGGCAUCAGAGAAUUUCUUGUUGGGAAGGAUGAUGAGCUUCUUCAGACUGAAACAAGAACAAUUGCCAGGCCUGAUGUAGCAGAAGUCUGCAUACAGGCACUGAAGUUCGAGGAGGCCAAAUUCAAGGCAUUUGAUUUAGCCUCAAAGCCUGAGGGCGUAGGCAUUCCAACAAAGGAUUUCAAGGCUCUCUUUUCCCAGAUCACUACUCCUUUCUAAUUCGCGAGGCCAUGAAUUUAUUGUUUAUUAUUAUGCUCCUAAGAAGUUUUAAUUUGAAUAGUUGUGAGCAUCUGAAACUUUAAAGGCCGUGCAUGGUCAGUAGUAAGUAACAAAAAACAAUCAAACUAUCAGCUGUGUCUACUCUCAGGCAUCCUUCCAAAACCUGAGCUGAACUCUUAAGAUGCUGUUGCAAUGAUAUUAUGGUCUGAACAUCAAUUAGCAUUCUUA